AUGGGUGUGUUUAGAAGUGAAAAAAUGCUUUUAUGUCAAAUAUUGCUUAGUCAAGAAAUCGUUUUCGAUUGUAUCGAAGUUUUAGGAAAUUUAGGUUUGGUAGAAUUUAGAGAUUUAAACUCGUCCGUAACUCAAUAUCAAAGAAGAUACGUUGCUGAUAUAAGAAGAUGCGAAGAAAUGGAACGUAAACUUCGUCUUCUCGAAGAAGAAAUAAGAAAAUAUGCGACGAUGCCAAAAAAAUGCAAAGAAAUUCCACCGGCGCCGAGAGCAAAGGAAACUCUUGUUUUAGAAUCAAAUUUAGAAAGUUUAAUUGAAGAAAUUCGAAACGUUAAUAAAAGUGUCGACGUUUUAAAAAGAAAUCUCGUCGAAUUUACCGAACAGCAUCAUGUUUUGAAAAAAGCAAGCGCAUGGUUGGAAAAUAAUCAGCUGGAAUUCGACGAAGAAAAACAAGAAAAACAAUUUGAAUUAGAACAAGAAAGAAUGAGAGAAAAAGGGGUCGGUCAUUUAAAAAUCACAACUGGAGUCAUAACGGUGGAAAAGAUAAAACCCUUUGAACUUUUACUCUGGAGAAUAUGUCGCGGAGUCGCUUUUAUUAAAAUUAUUCACAUUUCAGACGUGAUAAUGGACCCUGAUACGGAAACUAAAACGAAAAAAGCAGUUUUUAUAAUUAUAUGCCAAGGGGAUUCAUUAAAUGAAAAAAUAUUAAAAGCGUGUAAAGCAUUUCAUUGUAAUUUAUAUCCUUGUCCGAUAUCAGAAGAAAGACGAGAAGAACUCAAUGAAGAAGCCGUUACGGGUAUUAAAGAAAUAAAAGAAGUUAUGCAACAAACUUUAGAUCACCGUCGUAGAAUUCUUAUGUUGGCUGCAAUGAACGUUGAUAAAUGGAAAUUUCAAGUAAUAAAACUAAAAUCAAUUUACCACAUAAUGAACAUGCUUCAGUUAGAUGAAAUAAACGAAUUUCAAUCGGCCGAAUGUUGGCUGCCGCAAAAUGAUAUACAACUAAUUAAAAGAAAAUUAAAUAUGGCCGCCGAUAAAUUUAAUAGUCAAAAUAAUCCGAUAAUAAUUGUUAUGAAACAAAAUGAAAUGCCGCCGACGUUUAACAGAACUAAUAAAUUCACAAAAGGAUUUCAGGCCGUUAUUGACGCUUACGGAGUUUCUAAUUAUCAAGAAAUAAAUCCCAUGCCUUUCACAAUCAUAACAUUUCCUUUUCUUUUUGCCAUUAUGUUCGGAGAUAUCGGACACGGUUUAAUAUUAAUUGCAUUUUCAUUAUUUAUGAUUAUUUAUGAAAAAAAUUUAACCGGAAAAAGAAUCACUGGAGAAAUACAAAAAAUUUUCUUUCAAGGAAGAUAUAUUAUUUUAUUAAUGGGUUUUUUCAGUUGUUACACCGGUUUUAUAUACAAUGAUUUUUUUUCAAAAUCCAUAAACAUAUUCGGAAGUAGUUGGAAUUCAAACGUUGAUAACAGUAUUAUUCUUAACGAUGAUAAAUACGUGGAAUUAGAUCCGAGUAAAAAUUUCAUCGGGAAUUCUUAUUUAUUCGGUAUGGAUCCAAUAUGGCAAAUAUCGGAAAAUAAAAUAAUUUUUUUAAAUAGUUUUAAAAUAAAAAUAUCCAUUAUAUUCGGUAUCGCUCACAUGUUUUUCGGCAUAUUGUUAAAUAUGGGAAAUCACGUGUAUUUCAAUGAAUUCUACAACGUUUACACGGAAUUAUUUCCUCAAAUUAUUUAUUUCUCAUCUCUUUUUAUUUAUUUGAUAUGGUUGAUUUUUUACAAAUGGAUAAAAUACGGACCUUUCAAUAAUCCGGAAAAUGGUACGAGUUGCGCACCGAGUAUUUUACUCACAUUCAUAAACAUGAUGCUGUUUAAAAAAGUACCGACGUCCGUCAAUUGCAAUCAAAUAUAUAAAAAUCAAGAAAACAUACAAAAAAUAUUAGUUUUCGUCGCAUUUUCCUGCAUACCCUGGUUGUUCGCAUCGAAAACGUUCGUUUUGAUAAAUAAAAAAAAUACGGAGUAUGACGUCAUUAAAAAAAAAAAAUAUAAAGAAAGUUUUGGAGAUAUUGUGAUCAAUCAAGGAGUUAAAACAAUCGAAUUCGUACUCGGUUCUAUAUCCCAUACGGCAUCUUAUUUGAGACUGUGGGCUCUUUCUCUUGCACACGCACAACUAUCGGAAGUCCUUUGGAAAAUGGUUUUCCGUCAGGGCAUAGGUUCAAGAAGUUAUCCUCCGGGUAUCGUCACGACUUUAACUUUUGCCAUUUGGGCUUUAUUAACAAUAACGAUAUUAGUUAUUAUGGAAGGUUUGUCUGCUUUCCUUCACACUCUUCGUCUUCACUGGGUCGAAUUUCAAAGUAAAUUUUAUUCCGGAACCGGAUAUCCUUUUAAACCUUAUUCAUUUGAAAAAAUAUUCGAACAACAAGAAAACAUAAAUUUCGAUAUACAUAAUAAAAAUAUUUUAUCGUGA